CCAGAUUAUUUGAAAAUGAUUCUUACGGCAAGAGUGUAUGAUGUUGCAUUGGAAACCCCAUUACAAAAGGCUCGCAACUUAUCCAAUCGAAUGGGAAAUACGAUCCUAUUAAAGCGUGAAGACCUUCAACCAGUAUUUUCGUUCAAGUUACGCGGGGCAUUCAACCGGAUGGCCCAAUUAAACACCGAGGAGAGAUUAAAAGGUGUGAUUGCGUGUUCUGCUGGCAACCAUGCUCAAGGGGUUGCUCUUGCUGCCAAGCAUAUGGGCAUCAAGGCUGUUAUUGUCAUGCCUUUGGCAACUCCGCCUAUCAAAUGGAAAAACGUUGAGCGUCUUGGUGCGCAAGUUUUACUUCAUGGUAGUGAUUUUGACGAAGCGAAGCAGGAGUGUGCUCGGUUAUCACUGGAGAAUGGAAUGAUUAGCAUUCCUCCUUAUGAUGAUCCAUAUGUCAUUGCUGGACAAGGCACCGUCGGAGUAGAAAUUUUUCGUCAAACUGACUGUACCAAAAUUGAUGCUAUUUUUAUUCCUAUUGGUGGUGGUGGUCUUACUGCUGGAAUUGCUAGCUAUGUCAAACGCCUGUAUCCGAAUAUCAAGAUUAUAGGCGUGGAAACAUACGAUGCCAAUGCCAUGGCACGAUCCCUCCUUGCAGGUGAACGAGUCACUCUUUCAGAAGUUGGCUUGUUUGCUGAUGGUACAGCUGUACGCAGUGUUGGUGAAGAAACAUUUCGUAUCUGCCGCUCUCUCAUUGACGAAAUGGUCAUGGUAUCCACUGAUGAAAUUUGUGCAGCCAUCAAGGACGUAUUCGAAGACACCCGUGGUAUUGUCGAGCCGUCUGGUGCUCUUGGUAUUGCUGGCACUAAAAAAUACAUUCAUGAAAAUAACCUGAGUGGUGGAACGUUUGUUGCUAUUUGCAGUGGUGCAAACAUGAACUUUGACCGCUUGCGAUUUGUUGCUGAGCGUGCCGACUUUGGUGAAAAUAGCGAAGCGCUCAUCAGUGUGGUUCUUCCUGAACAGCCUGGAAGCUUUAUGAAGCUAUACAAGUGUAUUCACCCACGCGCAGUUACCGAACUCUCAUAUCGAUAUGGUGAUGAAGCUCAAGCACAUAUUUUCACUUCGUUUCUGCUGGAUAAUCGCGAAGCUGAGCUUGCCACGAUUCUUCGUGAUCUAGAUGCUGAGGAUAUGAAGGGUAUGGAUGCUAGUCAUAACGAAAUGGCCAAAGCUCAUGCUCGAUACCUUGUCGGAGGACGUAAAAACAUUCCUCACGAACGCCUCUUUCGACUUUCUUUUCCCGAACGACCUGGAGCACUUUACUCCUUUUUAAAUGCCAUCAAGCGACCUCAAUGGAACAUCACGUUAUUCCACUAUCGCAACUAUGGAGGUGAUGUGGGUAAAGUGAUGGUUGGAUUGCAGGUUCCACCCAAUUCGAGCCAUCUUUUUGAGCGUUUUCUGGAUGAGCUCAAGUACUCAUUUGUAGAAGAGACUCAUAAUCCGGUGUAUGGGUAUUUUUUAAAGUAGAUUUGCUUGAUUAAACAGCAAUAUAUCACACAUUCAAUUCGAGUAUUUUGUGAAUGAGCUCAAAUAUUCAGUUUUGUGUAUGAAUAUUUAAAGUAGAUUUGAUUAAACAGCAAUAUAUCACACAUUCAAUUCAAGUUUUAU